AUGAACCGCUGCGACGACGACAAAACUGGCGCUAAUACCUGCAAAACCAAGAAAGACAAAUUUGACAACAUAGAGUACCCUGACAAAGAUGGCUUCGUGGAAAAGAAAACGAACUUCGUUGAAGUCAACGUUGAGAGUGACUAUAUCCCGGGUAAAAACGAAGGAGGGAUCAAGUACAACGGAAAGUCGCUACAGAACGCCUUCAUCGCUCAGAUCGCAGAUACUUUCCAGAAGAGUGGCGAGGAUGAGAAGAAUUGUUACAAGUUCGACCAGGAGUCUACGAUUUGCCCCGGCUGCAACCCAAAAUUUUGCCUUUCCUUCAAUGCGAGGAAGAAGAUACUGAGGUGGUGUAACGCGCCCGAGUACGUUCGAGUGAGCGUCAAGGACGGAGAAGGGAAAGAAGUCGCACAUAUGAAGGUCGUGGUCAAGUUCACAGGUAUAACAGACCAGGGGAAAUUCGAUUGCAUGGCCAUUCGAGAGACUGUCGAGAAAAGCGCGCAAGACGACCGGUUACAGGACGUGAAAGACGCGAUUGAUGGGAAGGAAGUCGUGGCGAACGCGCAGCAGAACAAGCCGUGGCGCAACGCUGAAAAAGGUCGAAAGGACAAAGGCAAAAGAGGCAGGAUGGGGCAGGACGAGUCACGGGUUGUAGACCCAAAUGCGCCACCUCAGACCUUAUCGGCGCGUACCUUGGAGGCUCUGGCGCAAUACAUCAAGGAUGGGCGUGCGAAGAAGAUUGUCGUCAUGACAGGUGCGGGCAUAAGUACUUCCGCAGGCAUACCAGACUUCAGAUCACCAGAAACCGGUCUAUACGCCAAUCUCGCUCGCCUGAAUCUGCCUUACCCCGAAGCCGUCUUCGACAUCGAUUUCUUCCGCAAGACGCCCGAGCCGUUCUACUCUCUCGCCCAAGAACUAUACCCCGGGAAGUUCAGGCCGACGAUAACACAUUCCUUCAUAAGUUUGCUCUACCAGAAAGGGCUGCUACUGAAGCUGUUCACACAGAACAUUGACUGCCUGGAGCGCGAGGCUGGAGUCCCCGGCGAUAAGAUAAUAGAGGCUCAUGGCAGUUUCGCGACGCAAUGUUGCAUCGACUGCAAGAAGUCAUACCCAAAGGAGCGUAUGAACGAAGCCAUCCAGAACAAAUCGGUGCCGCGCUGCGUCGACUCGUUAUGUGACGGACUCGUCAAGCCAGAAAUCGUGUUCUUCGGAGAACAAUUGCCAUCCGCAUUCUUCGACAAUCGAAGCCUCCCAGCGCAAGCCGACCUGUGCAUAGUCAUGGGCACAUCGCUCAGCGUAGCCCCGUUCUCUUCGCUACCGCAGCUCUGCGAAGACGAGACCCCGCGACUGCUUAUAAACUCAGAGAGGGUUGGCGAUAUGGGAACACGACCAGACGAUGUUUUGCUGCUAGAGGAUUGCGAUAGUGGUGUGAGAAAGUUGGCAGAGGCAUGCGGGUGGACAGACGAGCUGGAAGCGCUCUGGGCAACAACCGCGCCUGUUGAGGCACCCGUGGCACCCAAAGAAACAGUCAAGAAGAGCCACGACGAGUUGUUGGAAGACGAGGUCGACAAGCUCACGCGCGACGUGGAAGAGAGUUUGAGGCUGAACCAAGCGGAACACGAAUGGCUUGAGAACCACGUCGAUAACAAGCUAGCAAGGAAGCAGGAGGAUGACAAGGACAAAGACGACUCUCCGACCGAGUUGCAGCCAACAGUCGAUGCGGCGUCAAGGGCGAGUCCUAGCGAGACGAAAACGGACCCAGGUGGUGGACUAGGGCAUGUGUUUCCGCAUAUGAACAAAUCUUCGUUAUAG